GGGUGAUGGCUCUGAACUGCAGUGCUCGGUGCAGUUCACAAGACUGCACCCUCGACCCGGCUGUGAGCAAAGAAGAGGGCCAGCGACUUCUGCAGAGGUUGUGCACUAUCCGAAUAGAGGUGCUGUCUGAAGACCCCCAUAUCUCCCCCGUGUUAUUUGGAGUGAUGUGCACCUUAUUGUUGUGUGGGAUUCUGCUCUCGGUCUUCUUCCUUGCUUUCACCAUUAAAUUCAAGAGCAACAGAAUUGUGAAAAUGUCCAGCCCGAACCUGAAUGUCGUAACAUUACUCGGAAGUGUCUUCACUUACGUCAGUGGAUACAUGUUUGGGAUUGAAGAAGGGAAAACAGCUGCAGCAGGAACGUCCAUGGAGCUGAUCUUCCAAGUCCGCAUUUGGAUACUGUGUAUAGGAACCUCGCUGGUAUUUGGGCCUAUAUUAGGGAAGACAUGGCGUCUGUACAAAGUUUUCACCCAGCGGGUCCCAGAGAAGAGAGUGAUUAUCAAAGACAUUCAGUUGCUGGGGCUGGUGGCUGGAGUCAUAGGUUUAGAUAUCCUGGUUCUUGUCACUUGGGGCAUUGCUGACCCACUGCAGUGCAGGCAAUCCUUAAAUGCAGGAAUGAAGGCGAUUGAAAAAGACGUUUCCUACUCCAUCACAGCGAUGAAAUGUUGCAUGUCCCACUACACUGAGAUCUGGAUCAUUCUUAUCUCUGUGAUGAAGGGAAGUCUUCUGUUGUAUGGCACGUAUCUGGCGGGAUUGACCAGCAAUGUUAGUUCACCCCCCGUCAACCAAUCCAUCACCAUCAUGGUGGGAGUUUACCUGAUCAUUUUCACCGCUGCCGUGAUCCUUCCCAUCAACAGAUUCUUGAACUCUUGGCCCAACGUUGUGUAUGGACUCACCUCUGGGGGAAUCUUCAUAUGUACCUCGACCAUCAACUGUCUCAUCUUCAUUCCACAGAUCAAGCAGUGGAAGCAGUUUGAGGAAGAGCUGAGCCACACUCCGAAUCAAAUGGCUAAAUACUUCAACAGCCCGAGCAAGAGCUAUCACUCCAUGUACAGUGAUGAACAGAUCUAUUACUUGCUCGGGGAAAACAACUCUAUGAAGCGUCUACUCACUGAGAAAAAUGCAGUAAUUGAAAGCCUGCAGGAGCAGGUUAGUGAUGUGAAGGAUAAACUGCUGCGGCUGAUGGAACCAGAGUGCGCUGAAGAUCUUACAGGUCCCAGUGCUGCCACAGGCUCUAGCACAGCUCCCCGACUCUCGACCGACAGUGAGGCUGAAUGUCGCAGCUCAGGGGACGAACAUUGUCCAAAGGACUUCUCUCCGUCAGAUGAAGGGGACAGUUUACUUCAGGCUCUUCCAGCGGGAGAUUUGCGGCUCUCGCUGUCCCAAGGUAACUCACCACUGAAUUUCAGAGGCCGAGAUCCUCAGGUGGUGAUAGGUGGCUUCAUUCGCAGGGAUCCUCCGGACCACUUGAGGCAGUUGGGAGAUUCUGGGAACCCUCCCGACCAUUCCCUGAAGUCGUGUGACACUCCAGAAAUCACCUCAGAAAUUCAGACUGGUGUCGUGGGCGAGAGGCUGAACGGGGCCAUUGAUCAAACUGCAAGAGAGGUCCUCGUCGCUGUUUCUGAGCGACGGACAUCGACCAGGGCGAGGGUUGGGGUGGAUCAAAGCUCAGCAUCUGCUGAGGACACGUUCAGAGCGAACAAAAGCAGCUAUGUGAGCAGCGAGAAGCUUCAAGAGAUCCUGCACGCAUUGAGCGCUCGCUCCGUCCACUCGGUGCGCUCGCCGCCCAGGCCCAGGAGAAUCCCGUCAAGCUUUGAACUCCAGCAGCCUGCCCGCAUGAUGGCGGCGGGGGGACACAAACAUUACGGCUACGGACGCUGCAUCUCUCCCCACAUGAUGAGGCGAAGGAGGCCACUGUUCUACCCCCUGAGGGGCGGACCCCCUCCCUGUCGCUUCCCAGAUCCCUCACCGCGAGCUGACAGGAGACUGGCCGGGAAAGAUCUCAGGGGAUGUGUGGGAGGUUCCCACACCACCGGUGCUGACCAAGGUCACAGCAAAACGGAGAUGGGUGAGGACUGGUCCACCGGUCUCUCAAUUGCUUUGACCUCAAUGAAGGAAGCACAGCUGCCGUCCAACAGCUGCCAUCCCACGUGGCUCAGAGGAGAGGGACCACAGAAUGGCUACGCUUACAAUCCUGAGGCAGAAGGAAAGUGCACUGUUGCGCCCUAUUCGGGCCUGCACUCGAAGGUCACGCAUUGGUUUUCUGAAGGAACUGGGUUAGGUGGAACUUUGGACGCGCACCAGUAUGACAGCUCCGAUUCGGAGUCGAGCAGCUCAGACGAAACCUUCUGCUACUAUCACAGGCCGCACUGUGAGGCCUGUUGUGAGGGCCUGUACGACUCCAGCGGUAGCAGCAGCUCAGAGACCUCAGACAGCGAGCGUUACAAUCCAGCGUUCAACUGGUCACAAAGCCAUCGUCAUCAUCCAGCCGUUAACUUCAAAGAGGAUCUCAAGCCCACCUUUGUAUAAUUCAUUCAGGGGACCUGGGGUACUUCCAGAUGCUCCCUGAGUUUGUUUUGCGUAUGUUGUUUGAACUCCUUUAAUGGAAUUUGUUCAUUUGUUCAUUUGACGGAUUGCACAUUGAAUCGAGUGUAGAGAUUUAGACGUGGGUGACAAUGCAAACCUUUCCUUUACUGAAGGGAAGUAGAACAGGUACCUCUAAAAUGAAGGAGUCACUUUCAGUGGGGACAUGACCGAAAGGAUCUGAAAAUAGCAUUAUUCCAUCAAAAUAACACACUGCAAAAACCCCACUGCAGGCCAUGUGCAAAUAUAUCCCUGGGUUCAGGACCAUUCAGCAUCCUCACUCCCCUGCCCCAUGCACCUAACAAUUGAAGCAGACACAGAGCAUUGUUGUGGGCUUGAAAAUGAAUUAGCAUGUUACGGUAAUCACAUUUCUGUGUCCAGUUUCCGAGACCCCUACCAGCUGCCUGUGAAGACCAAGGACACCAGCGAUAAUGUAGUGUUGACAAAUCAACAAAGGGCCCAGAACACAGACACUAAAUUUAUGUUAAUCCCAGAGAUCAGACUGCGGACUUACUCUCUCUCUUGGGAGCACACACACACACACAUACAUGAGCCAGCUCUCCUGCAGGCACUCACCGGUUACACCACCGGGACAAAGGAACAAGCCAGUCUUCUUUGCACGUACAUUUUUCAAUCUCUACAAAAGCCCUGAAAUCGAACCAUAUUGUUGCACUUUGUCUGUGUAUUAGAUAUUUUUUUUAGAUUGAGUGAUGUGUAUUUAAAUUAAA